AUGGCACCGUAUAUACAGGAGCCGGACAUGCUGUCUAGCUCCGAGUACUGGGUGGUAGACAGGAGGAUUGUGAUUGCGAUACCCAAUCCCAGCGACCACGUGGACCCACACAGGCUUGCCAUUGAAUCGCCAAAGCAUGGUAUCAGACACUCGUUGAUGGAGGCAACUGCACCGCUUGAUACAGUCCAUGACCUAUCGUUCGGCGUGGAACUAAAGUUCUUGCUCCCUCUCCUUGUCCAGGGUGAACGAGAUCCGGAACCCGAAGACCACCGAAAGGUCAACACGACACGGCUCAGAGACAGCGAAGCCACUCGGCGAGAACAGGUUUAUGAAUGCAUCGCCAAGUCGAUAAGCCAAGCCGGGGAGAAGUCAACCACCAUAUCUCGAAUCACAAAAGAUGCAAGCCAUGAGCGGGCAUUCUGGAAGUCGCACUGGAUCGUCAAGAAAGCUAACUCGGCCGAACCCACACCAGAGCAAGCCAAUCUGGAGGGCUAUGUGUGGCUGUCUGUCGAAGUAAGCUCGCCAUCAUUGCCAGCCAAGGAUGCCGAGACCAGGCAUCGAAUCGAGGCAGUAUUGCGUUCGCUCUUUUCGAACCACCGUCUGGUCGCAAACUACACAUGCGAAGUCCACAUCCACAUCGGACGAACAGACGGACAGUCUUUCAGUCUGAGCACCCUGAAAAGACUAGGAACGCUGCUGUGGAUGGGAGAAGAGCAAAUCCGAAGUAUCAGAAACCCAAGGUCGCCCAACUAUCACAACGUGUAUACUUGGGGGUUCGAGACACGAAAGUAUAGUCGCCUGGCUUUGAGAGCUCAAGAACUAGCACUCCGAGAGCAUGGGUCGGCAUCUCAUCACGACGAUGUGUUUGUCGAGGAUUGGCAGGUGACGGACGUACUCGAAACCCAUCCGGAAAUGCAGACCAAAGACCGAAAGGCUAUCGAGGAGCUGUGGAAAGCAGGAUCCCAUGUUGACCUUGGACGGUUGUUGUCGGGAGAGAAGAAGCCGUAUCGCCGACUUGGUUUCAACUUUAGCGCAUUCGGGCAGGAGGACGAACGGGCACGGAACAACCCUCGGACGAUGGAAUUCCGUAUGAUGGAAGGGACAACCAACAUCAAUUAUAUCCUGGGCUGGUUGUCCAUCUGCAAGGCCUUGGCUGAGGUGGCGGUAGGGAGGUCAGACAGUCGAUACCCCAUGGUGUUGGAUCGGCUGAUAGGACAGCGACACGCCCGGUCACGGUCAGCCGGAGCCCGGCGAGAGACCGUUUCGGAGACGCAAGGGCAGAAUGCGGUCGGGAGUUUCGAGAGAUGA